UUUUCAAGAUAACAUGUUGGGAGGCUCAAUACCACAUGCUAUAUGUGAUCUAUUCAGCCUCAAUACUUUAGUUAUGAGCAAGAAUCAAUUUUCAGGCCCAAUUCCUAAAUGUUUGGGAAAUGUCUCUUCUUUAAGAAAUCUUUAUCUAGAAUCCAACAUGUUGAAUUCAAGCAUACCUUCAAGCUUAUGGGGUCUAAAAGAUUUGAACUCUCUAGACUUGUCCUCAAAUUCAUUAAAUGGGUCACUACCUCUAGAGAUGAGUAGCUUAGGAGAAGCGAUCUAUAUAAAUGUAGCAAUGAAUAAGUUAUCAGGGUCAAUUCCCAGCACUAUUGGGAAGUUGCAGAAUUUGGUUAAUCUGUCUUUGGCAAAUAAUAGACUAGAAGGUUAUAUGCCUGUGUCUAUGGGAAGCAUGAUCAGUUUGGCAAAUCUCGACUUGUCGUACAACAACCUCUCUGGUUCAAUUCCAAAGUCUUUAGAAGCACUUCAACACCUCGACUACUUUAAUGUCUCUUUCAAUAGUUUAAGUGGAGAAAUUCCUAAUGGAGGUUCUUUUAGAAACUUCACUAUGGAUUGUUUUAAGGGUAAUGAGGCAUUGUGUGGAAUUCCCAAGUUCCAUGUCCAAAUUUGCUCUUCAAUUUCUAAUCACAUAUCAAAGAGAAAGAAGGUGGAACGAGCUUCAUUUAUUGUUUUCGGGGUUGUGGCUUUCAUUUCAGUUGUUUCUUUGGCCUUUAUAAUUGUCAGAAAUAAAAGGAAAGAUAAGACGACUAGAGAGGUUGAUGAGUUGAUAUUCAUUGUGCCGGAAAGAAUCUCUUAUUAUGAACUACUGCAAGCAACGGAAAGAUUCGAUGAAAGCAAUUUACUUGGCACUGGGAGUUCUUGCUCUGUUUAUAAAGGAAUUCUUAACAAUGGGAAGGAUAUCGCUGUCAAGGUGUUUAAUAUGCAUCUAGAAGGUAUUUCAAGAAUAUUCGAUGUCGAAUGUGAAAUACUACGUAGCAUUCGACACAGGAAUCUGACAAGCGUCAUAAGCAGUUGCUCCAAUGAAGAGUUCAAGGCAUUAGUACUUGAAUAUAUGCCAAAGGGAAACCUUGAAAAAUGGUUAUAUUCCCACAACUAUUGCUUGAAUAUGAUGGAAAGAUUGAAUAUAAUGAUUGAUGUUGCAUCUGCUUUGGAGUAUCUUCAUCACGGUUAUUCAAUGCCCAUUGUCCACAGCGACUUGAAGCCUAGUAAUGUGUUGUUAGAUGAAGACAUGGUUGCCCAUGUAAGUGACUUUGGGAUAGCAAAGUUGUUAUGCGAUGGAGAUAGCUUUGUGUUAACCAACUCGCUAGCAACAUUGGGUUACAUCGCUCCAGCUACGGGGUGA